GGCUCCCGUUCUCGCCUCAGCCCGGCCUGGCCCUGUCCUGCCCUGCCCGCCAUGAGCUUCCUCUUUGGGAGUCGAUCAUCCAAAACGUUCAAACCCAAGAAGAACAUUCCGGAAGGCUCCCAUCAGUACGAGCUCCUCAAGCAUGCGGAGGCCACACUGGGCAGCGGCAACCUCCGGCAAGCUGUUAUGCUGCCCGAGGGGGAGGACCUGAACGAGUGGAUUGCAGUCAACACUGUGGACUUCUUCAACCAGAUCAACAUGCUCUAUGGGACCAUCACAGAGUUCUGCACGGAGGCCAGCUGCCCAGUCAUGUCUGCAGGACCAAGGUACGAGUACCACUGGGCAGAUGGCACCAACAUCAAGAAGCCCAUCAAGUGCUCAGCUCCCAAGUACAUUGACUACUUGAUGACAUGGGUGCAGGACCAGCUGGAUGAUGAAACACUCUUCCCCUCCAAGAUAGGUGUCCCAUUUCCCAAGAACUUCAUGUCUGUGGCCAAGACCAUCCUGAAGAGGCUGUUCCGAGUCUAUGCCCACAUCUACCACCAGCACUUUGACUCUGUCAUGCGGCUGCAGGAGGAGGCUCACCUCAACACCUCCUUCAAGCACUUCAUCUUCUUUGUGCAGGAAUUCAACUUGAUCGACAGGAGGGAGUUGGCUCCCCUGCAGGAGCUGAUUGAGAAGCUGGGCUCCAAGGACAGAUAGAGCUUCCCUGGAGGACCUUCUGCUCCUCUCUGCUUUGUCCUCCAGCCACCUCUCUGCUUCGCCUGCAGCGACCCAAGCCCCGAGAGGCCUCAGCCUCAGAGGCUGAGCAUCGCUUCUGCCCUGCAGCAGCUGCUGCAGCCUGCCUGGUUCCCAAGGGGUUGGCUGUGCUGUGGGGACUUCUCCACUUGGCUAUGUGCUCGAGGCUGGUGGGAGCCACAGUCUGGUUGAAGGUGGGACUUGUACUCAGAGCAGGAUCUCACAGGCGUGGGGUGAAGCUCAAGUGCUGCACUGCUGCUUUCUCCUUCCAGAGGCAAAGUUUCUCCUCUGGACUCAUGGACACAGCACUGGGAGCAGCCCCCCUGGGUGCCAGCAGCAGCUCAGCUCCUUCCUGCAGCACUGGGUUUGAGUGAGGUGCACUCAGAGCCUUAAGUUCCCCUUGGCAGCAGCAGUGCUGUGGGGGGAUGGAAUAAAAAGUGCCUGGCCCUGGGCUGGAAGAGCAGCUCCUUGGUGUCCACAGAAGUAGGGGACUGAGGGAAGGACCCUACCAUGUGG